CCCUGAUGAGGUCCGCUGGGUGGGAUAAGUUUAUGAAGGAAUUUAUCCCGGACGAACCAACGAAAGUAGGAUAGCCGUGAAGAUGUGGAAUACAAAGAUUGUUGCCUGCCUAAUUGGUCUCCUGUCACUCUGCAUAAGUAGCGUGUUUGCCUCGUAUUACUGCAAGGCUGAUGAUGACUGCAAGCACUUUGGUGAGCUCAAGUGCAUCAAGAGCCAAUGUGACUAUGGAAUCUGUUCAUGUAAACCAAGAUAUGCUGCAAGAUUCUUCGGAGACUGGGGAAAAUUCAAAUGUGUCCCACUGAGAAAGAUUGGUGAAGAGUGUUCACCGGAUGGCAAACACGGGCUAUGCGGAGCACCAAACUCGGUGUGUAAUGCCAAGUGGGAGGAGUGUCAAUGCCAAGCAGGGUCAGUACCGGCCAGUGGGAAUGAGAGGUGCGUGACACUGACCCAGCGUCUGCCAGGAGAGUACUGCACAGCGGAGCAUACAAACUGUGACGCCAACUCCAUCAACUCAGCAAUAGACAUGUAUGCUCCACCUCAUAUCGACUGCAGCUCAAGGCAACAUCUUGUACUCUCGAACCAACUCAGUGACCAAUAUUUCCUCUCAUCGACCUACCCCAUGUGUAAAGGAAAUGUUAUUGGGUCUCCUUGCCUAGAAGAUAACGACUGCGCUAAUAUUAAGGAGAGGAAUACUGGUAAUAAUGGUGAUCAGAUUGGUGGAGUAUGUGACACGACCACCAAGAAGUGCAAGUGCAAGACAGCUUCUAGAGUUGCCCAAGUUGGUGGCACAUACUGUGGGUUGGCCCUGGCAUUUGAUGCGGUCUGCACUAUCCCUGGUACGUGGGAUAACACCGCUAAGGCAAGAAAGAUCUGCGAUGGAACAAAGGGCCUCAUCUGCGGUGAUCCCUGUGUACAGACACAGACAAUAUUGAAGUGUAAAUGUGCCGUCACUCACACUACAUCUGGAACAACAUGUACUGCCCGGACAGAAGGUUCUGCAUGUUUUGGCGACGAGAACUGUAAGGCAAUUGCACUGACAGCUGUUUGUGAAUCUUCAAAGUGCAAAUCCGUCCCAUCUUUCCAAACUGGCAGUGGUGUAGACAGCUUCAGGCCAGUACUAACCUUCAUUAUCCUCGGAGUCACGCUAGCCCUGAAAAUGAUCACGUUCUAGUUUGCAGAGAAACUGUGGCAAAAUAUCUGGAUUUACUUUCACAACUGAAAUAUUUUGGACUAAAAUGGAAUCGUGUUCAAAAAUUGUGUGACCUGCCAAAACAAAGUUUCCAGCACCGAAAUAUCAUCUUCUUAGGUGAAAUUCAAACAAAUUUGCUUCAUGCCUAUUUCCAUUUGCUUUACGCCUUCAGUUACAAUUACAUUAGUCACAAUUCUGCCACUCCUGACCAGAGUAGACUGGAUAGAGUCUGCACACCAACAGAUGUGCCAUUUUGGCAUUUUGAUACUCGCCAUUGCUAGCCUAUCUCUUGCCAAUCACCAACUGCAUAAUCAGAAAAUUCAGAAGGAUGUUGGCCAAAGCAGUUCGAAACCUUUUCACUUGCUUAAUACUUUUUACCAAGACUGAGAUCAAAGGGAAUGUUGUAGAGAUCUAGGCCUCAAUGGAGGUUGGUAUAACACUAUCAAUAGUACUUUACCGGAUCCAGUAAUACAAUACUUGGACUAGGAUAUUACACAGUAAAGUACUGUAAACUUGUCCCUCCCAGUCAGGAACUUUGGCAAGUCUUUUGUCAAAGAACAAUUACAACCUCAAUCUUUCACAUGCUUGAAUGCAUAUGGCAUUUGCUUUUAAUUUCACUGCAACAUACAUGUAAUGUAAUUCACUUAUUCAUAAAGUAGAUAUAUUCAUGUUGUAUCACAAAGUACCCUAACUCCACCCUUAAUAAGCCUUUAUCAUCAAGUGUAGGCCUAUCACCUGUAAUACUCCCUCAGGGUAGAGCUUGAAUCAUGAAUGUACAGGCCAAUAGCUAGGGGUUGUAAUGCGACUUUCUGAGCUGCCAGCACUUUUGAACAUUGGUUAUUUUAAGUGAAAAGGGCACUUUACUGAGUGCAAUUUAUUAUUAUGAUUAUGAUUAUCAAAGAGCAGCUUUAUGGCUUACAAGGUUGCAAAUGUAGAAUCCAACAUUUCAGUGUACAAUUCAAGUCGAUUUGCUAUUUUAUACCAAUUUUCUCAACUUGAGGUGCAAUGAUAUGAGCUUCAGGUCGGCAGGCCUAUUUUUGAGGGAAGGACUGAUAGUAUUUUUCUACUGACUAUACUAUUUGGUCCGCAUUUUGAAUAGAUUUGGAGAGCCUGGCAAACUUACAGCCCUUGAAUGGUAAGUCGGUUUACUGGUUACUCUGUGUCAGAAUUGCAUGACAUGAUGGCUGAGAAAAGAUUUGCAUAUUUUCUCAAAAUGCGGAUGAAAAGGUGAAGAAAAAAAUGUCUAUAAUUCUGGCCCAGGGUUCAUAUGGUAAAGGCCCGGAUUUCUUCAACUUCAUACCAAAUGUGUACAUACAUGUAAUUGAUGUUAGUGAGCUUUUCUGUCAAGUUGUAGAGGUAACGCUAA